UGAUAUUUCCAUAUAAAUAUACAUAUACAUCGUACUGUUAUCAUUAUUCGUGUUAAAUAUCAUUCAAGCAGUUAUUUAUCCUUUGACGAAUAGGAAAAACAUACUUCUGGUAAAUAUGGGACAACUUUGGUCAAACUCUGAGGGAGUAACAUGUUCUAACGAUACAGCUUUAGAAACAGCCUGGAAAAUUUCAAGCAGCGAUAAUGUUGAUCAGAAAAUUAUUAUGUAUGAAGAGAAAAAAUCGAAACGUCGUCAUAGUUAUACAGUUGAUCGAUGGACAGAACCUGUAGAACUAACAGCAUUAAUAAUAGCUUGUUUGAAUGAUGAUGUUAAACUUGUUAAGGAACUGAUAAAGAAAGGUGCAGAUGUAAAUUUAGUCGCCAGAGGAUAUCAAAAUCAAUAUGGAAACAAUGAAAACAGUGUGCUUCCCAUAUUCUAUGCUGCAAAUAACAGUAGUGUUGAAAUUGUGAAACUUCUUAUAGAAGCAGGAGUGGACAUUAACAGAUUCCAGGGACUUCAACACAGUCGUGCAAUCAUUGAUCCCAUUAAAAGGUUUCAAUAUUUUGGAUUUUCAAGACAUUAUUUUGGUCCUGGAAGGAUUUUAAAAGUACUUGAGGAGUAUUUAAAUGCUGGCGUUAAACUUAACACUACAUCUUGGGGACCAUGUCUCUUUUUAGGGAGAGGUAAGGUUUAUGAGAAAACUAUAACGACCUUACUCAUACCUGGACCGUGGUUUAUUUGUACUACAGCAGUUAUGUUACUACAACACGGAGUAGAUCCUAACUUGUACAAGCUUGGAGAUGUUUUAUGUCAAAAUAUCAAUCACUGCAAGUUUUCUCGAUGUAUUGAUAAAAAGACAUUAGAGGCAACAUUUUUUGCUGCUGGAUAUGAUCUUACCGUAUCUGAUACUGACUAUCAAAUAGGGAACUUUGGAAGAACGCAAAGGUUAAAGAACCUUGCUCGAACACAAAUUCGGAAACAUAUCAGAUCCGUGAAUGAAGAUACAUCUGUGUUUCCGGUUAUCGACAAGUUAAUACUUCCAACGAUUCUUAAAGAUUUUUUAAAACUAUAUGACGUGAGUCCUUUCGAUAUGUCAUCGAUUGUUUGCGAUGAAUACAGACGAUGAUUACUCUAUAAUACAGUCACACAACAGUGUGUCUUUUUCCUUCAAUUAUUUAAAGCCUAACUUUCGGAUAUUUUCAGUCCAAUCUGUCGCAUAAGAACGGAUGUAAUAGAACAAAACACGACGACUAUUUUAUCCGCUUCAUGGAUGCAUGACAAUAACGAAUUGAACAAACAAAAAGUGUUUGCAAAAAUACCGACCUCUUGAGUAAAAGCAUAAUGGGGAAAGUUCAUAAAGCGUACUAAACAUCUUUAUCAAACGUUAAAAUAAAUCAACCAACAAAACAAUUGGAAACAAUUUUAAUAUUCCGGACUUAGUACAGGUAUUGGCCAAAAAAUAUGGUGAAAAAAAAUGGUUUUUGACUAGGUGAGAUAGGUGAAUCACUUGACGUAUAAUUACCUUUUGGUUUUGUAACCAAACUAGGUAAAGCUUCUCUUACGUGUAAACAUCGUCUAUCUUUGUAAAAUUCAUCAUUAGGUCAUUUCAAUAUUUCAUCUGCAUCAGAACUAUACAAAAAUUGUCUACCUAUUUAAAUUUUAUACCAAAUCUGUAGUAAAUUCUUUAAAACGACGCAAAAUACUAAAACAAAUGUUUAUUUUACUUUAUGAAAUAUUUUGUGAGUGAAACCUAGGCCUUAUAUUCAUUUCUUCAGGGCAAGAUAACCCCAAUAAUUGUAUCCAUAAUUCUCAAUAAAGGGAAAAGGCCUUGAUAUCUCGUUUGCCUAAUGAGAAAAUAAUUUCAUAACAAACAUAUAUUAUCAAAAUAAUACGUUUUCUGUAACUGAUAUCACAUUAAAUGAUAAAAUAAUCUUUAAUAAAACGUAAGAGAAAAAUCGACAAUGCAAUGGCAACAUAAAGAAAAACAACGAAAAGAUCAUCGAAAGCCAACAAAAAAUACAUCUGAAGCGACGUAUGAAGCAAUACAAAUCUUACAAGAACGAGGAGGUUGAUAUCGUGUUAUUAUUAGUUUCAUUGAUAGUAUAUAUUAAAAAAUGUGUUUUCUAACAUAUGUGUUAUCCUACAAAUCAAACGACAUUCCAAUGCGUGAAUAAAGUGUUGUUUUCCCCCGUGUCAGCCGUUUA